AAUUAUAAUAAAAACAACAGCGCCGGCGCGGUAGAUACAAUAGUCGGUUAAUAAUUCAAUUUAUUCAAAAUAUUCCCAUUUAAAGUGCAAAAUAUGUACAGAAAGGACUGUAAUAAAUAUAUAAAUCAACAAAAAUGAGUUUAUUUCAAGGAGGGGAAAGUAUCCAAGUAAACACAAGUAUUGAUCGUGCUGCUGAAGAGGAGGCAUUAGCAGAUCAAAGGCGCCACAAGGAAGAGUUAUGUAAUUUGUUGCAAAAUGCCUUUGAUGAUUUGGAGGCUGACGAGACCACCGUUGAUUCAACUACUAAUUUUCAAACGCAUCUGAGUGAUGAACAUCCGCCACAACCAACGCAUGGGAUUCAUCAGAUGCCAACAAACAACGGACAUCCUACACAUUUGCCGCCAGCCGCUUUCGAGGCGGAAAUACACCGAUUGAAAAUGUUGCUUGAGUCACAAACCCGUGAAUCGGAACAUUUUAAGAAGUUGGCCAGCGAGGAGCAAAAUAAACGUGAUGAACUGCAAAAGCGCUUGUGUAUAGCUGAAGCAGAGUUGGAUCGCGCAUUGGCAAGUAAGAAGAGCACACACGAGUUGCUGGUAGAGUGCAAAGAGAAAUGUUCGAACCUGGAAAAUAAUAUAAGUAAAUUGCGUGAGGAGAAGAAAUUCUUGGAGAACGAACAUAAUAUAGUGUUGGGCAAGUUGGAAACAGCACAAAUGCUUCUGGGUGAUGUGCAGGCAAAGUAUGAUAUGGUAGAGCGGAAUCUAGGUAAAAAUAGUCAACGCAAUGCGGAGCUUCAACGGAAACAUAUGCAAGAACGACAUCGCGCAGAAAUUGAAGUAAUGCAACAGCAAAUGGAGCAAUUGUCCUGCAAGUUUGACAGGAAAGUUAGUGAGCUGGAAAGUAUGCAUGCGCGCUAUCAAGCAUUACAAAGUAGUCACGAAAAUAUGUUGGUGGAGAAGGCCAGUAAAAUAAAUGAUUUAAAUAAUGCAUUGUCUGAGGCGCAGCGGACGUGUGAAGAAUUUAGGGCACGUCAUGAUUAUGAACAGGAAAAUAUGCGUUUGCAAAAGUUUAUUGCCAGUUUACAAGAGCAAAUUAAAAGUAUGGAAAAAACUAUAGCUUCACUAAAUGAGCGUUUGGAGUAUACUACUGCUGAACUGGAUGUGAUGGAUAGUGUGCUGCACCAUCAUAAUCUUGAAGAUACGCCAAGCCGACUCAGUCAGACACAGGGUAAAGUUGUCGGUAGUACGCCUUUGACUACCACCGACCGUUUGGGCAGCCUUAAAGAAGAACUAUAUCGAGCAUUGGCAAACAUAAAAGGCAAGCGAGAGGAAAUCCGACGUCUGCAGCAAAGCCUCGAUGAAAAGACUACCGAAAACCGAGCGCUGAGAGAGGAAGAGAAUAAGGCGCUGGUGCAAAUUACAACGCUUAAAGAAACAAAUGCGCGACUGGAGAACCGGCUUAAGCUUCUUGAACAAGAGUACGAGGAGUUGCAGCACAAAUCAAUGGCCAAUUUAAAUAACACCAGCCACAGAGCAGAUAUUGAGGCGUUGCAACAACAAUUGAAAAUCGAGAAACAAGCGCUUCGCGAACAGUGCGAACGUUUGGAAACGGAGUGUAAAAAUCACGAGAUAGAGCGUAAAAAGUUGGAUUUGCAAUUGCGUAAUGUUGAAGUGGAUUUGGAGGAGCUAAAGCAAGAACACGAAAGCAUGAAAAUGAAUUAUGAGCAAAUUAUGAAAGAGAAUCAGAAUUUGCGCAGUCGCGCAACGGCGGAUAAAAUGCGAUUGGAUUUAGAAAAGCACAAAUUUCUGCUAAAAGACGCACAGGCCGAAUGUGAUCGCUUGAAAAAUCUCUAUAUUGAAAUUUCAAAUGCUAAGGAGGCGUUGAGGUAUGAGGUGGAAAAAUUACGCCAUACGGAUAACAUGAAAGAGCUGCAAGAGCAACGCGAGAAGGUAGCAAAUCUACAGCGAGCACUGCAACUGGCCGAAGUGAAAUCUUCCGAAUUAGCGAAGAUACUUGAAACUGAAAAAGUGUGUCAUGAGCGCGAUGUGAAGGAGUUGAAGGAGCGCUUCGAAAAAGAAAAGGCCGCAAACCUCCAAGCAGCAAAGGCAGACCACUCGAACAACUGCAGCAAAUGCAUUGAUUACAUGUCUGAAAUAACGAAAUUCGAAAUACAAAAUCUUAAGUUAAGCAACAUUAAUUCCAUUAACAAAAAGGAAAUCGAUGAUCUCACACAACAAUUGAAUGAGUCCAAAGCUAUAAUUGCGGAGCUAAAUGAAAAACUGAAGCUCACCGAACAGCAAGAGGCACUCAUAGGUGAGCUCAAAGCCAAAGCAGCACGCUUCGAGGAAUAUGUAAAGAGUCAAAGCAGCGCGUCUGAACCGUCACCACGAAAACAAACGUCUAGCGAUGAAAAGGGUGUCAAUACGGAAGAAUGCAAACGCCUACCCAGUAACGAGGUAAAACAAAUUGAAUCACGUAUACGUGAUGAAAUGGCUAAGCUGUUUGCUAGCGAAAUAAAGCGUUUCCAAAUAAAAAUGCACCAAACUGAAGAGAAAAAUCUGUGCCUGCAACGCGAAUACCAACUUACGACUAAUGAUUUGCAGCAAAGUCAAACCGAAGUGGAGUUGCUGAAGCAAGCCAUUUUGGCGGAGCGCGAACAUGUGGAGGAAAUACUAAAGCAGAAGGAUGCGGCAGCACACGAAAUGAUUGAAAAACAAACAGCAAUAUUACAUAAAUGUCGCGAAGAACUAUUGGCAAAGAAUCAGCGUGUAGGACAAUUGUCCAAGGAGCUGGAAGAGCGCCAAGUGCAAAUUGAAGCUGAGCGGAAAUCUAUGAAAGCGGUGAUGAGCCAAUGGGAAGAGCAACGUAAACAUGCAGAUGCUAUUGAGAGUGAAUGGAAAGAUAAAGUGGAGUCGUUGGCGCGUACACAUGAGAAAGCUUUGGCAGCGUGGCAAAAGAAAUACAACUCGGCCAAGCAUACGGCGGCGAAUUACAAGCGCUAUGCGGAAGACAAGGAAGCGCACAUGCUGCGCGAAUACGAUCGCCUUAAAUCCGAAUAUGAUGCUUCAGUGGCCAAGAUCGAAAACCGCAUGAGGGAGGCAUUGGAGGUAAAAAGUCGAGAGAUGAAAGACGCUAUUGCAUCGAUUGAGAAACGGCACGAAUUAGGCUAUGACAAAGAAAACAAAAGGAAAAACUAAUUUGUUCUUUAAGGCAAUGGAUACGAAAAUCAUAUAUCGUACGUUUAUUAAUAAUUUUACUUGUAUGUUAGGUGAAUCUACCGGUUUGUUAAUUUGUUAUAGAUUUACGAAAUUGACUGCAAUUUAUUUAGAGAAAAGAAAGGAAAAUAUAAUAUAAAGAAAACUUGUAUAAUUAA